GAUACAGGCUGACAUACAGAAGAAGAGAAGUGGCAACCACUAUAAGACAAUCAAGUAUUGAGAGAGAACCCAGUUCCUUUCAGUAUAUUAGAAAGAAUCCAGGAAUCAACAAGGAGAAAAGACAGCAUGAUAGAAAUAUCAAUAACUUUACUUGUUCCUCUUCUUUCUCUACUGAUUCUGUUCUCCUUGAAACAGUGGUGGUCACGGAGACACUUCCCACCUGGUCCUCCCUCUCUUCCAAUCCUUGGAAAUGCAUGGGCUUUGCAGGCAAGAGAUAACGAAGACAUUUUGAAGAAGCUGGCUGAGAAAUAUGGAAAUAUAUACACAUUGUGGUUGGGGAAUCAACCUGUAGUGGUACUGUCCGGAUUCAAAGCCGUAAAAGAAGGUUUGGUUAGAUAUGGAGAAGAAUUUGGUGGUCGGACUCUAACUGCUUUCUUUUUAUCUCGAGGAAAAGGAAGGGGUAUUGUGUUUUCAAAUGGUCACAUCUGGAAGAAGCAGCGACAGAUUGGUAAUGCUUCUUUGCGGCUGCUGGGAUUAGGGAAUAAAGUGAUCGAGCAUCAGAUUAAAGAAGGAGCCCAGCAACUCAUAGAAAUCUUUGCACGUUCAAAAGGGCAGCCAUUUGAUCCUUCAUUGCCAUUGAUGAAUUCAGUCUGUAAUGUGAUAUGUGCUUUUAGCUUUGGGCACCAGUUUGCAUUUAAAGAUAAAAGGUUCCGGAAGUUAGUUGAAGACAUUACGACCCUUGUAAGAACAGCAGGUCGUAUUUUUCAUCUGCUUUAUGAGGCAAUCCCGUGGUUGAUGAAACAUCUUCCAGGACCUCACCAGAAGGGUCUGGAGUCUGCCGAGUGUAUCCUUUCACUUGGAAGGGAGGAAAUAGAAAGGCACAAGCAAUAUCAAUCUCUGCAUGAGCCACAGGAUUUCAUUGAUUUCUAUCUACUACAAAUUGAAAAGAACAAGAAUGACCCCAACUCUGUCUUUGGUGAAGAGAACCUGGCUUGCUGUCUGCUUGAAUUGUUUGUUGCUGGAGCAGACACAACACAUUCUAGCCUGAUGUGGGCAGUGCUUCUGUUGGCAAAUCAUCCCGACAUCCAAGAAAAAGUCCACAAGGAGAUUGAAGAUGUCUUUGGUGCCUCAGGAUCAAUCUCCUAUGAUGAUCGGCACAAGCUGCCCUACACCAAUGCUGUGAUACAUGAGACUCAACGAACAAAAUAUAUCUUAUUUAUACCAAUACCGAGACAAAGCCUAAGAGAUGUGAAGAUGUGGGGUUUCCACAUUCCAAAGGGAAGCAUCGUUUUGGCUGAUCUGCGCUCUGUUCUUCUGGAUCCUGAGGAAUGGGAGACACCUGACGAAUUCAACCCAAAUCACUUUUUAGACAAAGAUGGGAAUUUUCAGACUCGAGAAGCGUUUUUGCCAUUUGGCGCAGGGCAGCGUGUCUGUUUAGGAGAAAAGUUGUCAAGAAUUGAGAUGUUCACCAUCCUAACCAGCCUGCUGAGGACCUUCCAUUUCCAACUGCCCGAAGGAGUGAAAAAGCUCAAUGAGAAACCUAUAAUAACUAUGGGACUAUCUCCAUAUCCUUAUAAAAUCUGUGCUGUUCCAUAUCACACGUCAUAA